CCGUUGGGCCUAUUUGCUAAUUCAAACAAACACAAUCCCUGUUUUAAUCCUCGGCCUGAUAGUACCGUCAUAUUCCAAGUCGUCACCAGGCAAUGUACCAUGGACUUUGAAGAAUAUGAACCAACAAAAGACUUCGUUGAUGCAAUUAACAGAGCUAUUGAUAGCGGCACUCCAUAUAAAGCAUUAGAUGAUGUAUUUGCCGAAUAUGGUUAUUGGUGGAAUCGCCAAAUUCAACUUGGCGGGAAGCUUCAGCGUGCUACUAAAUUGACUAUGGAUCCUAAUCCGGCUGCAGAUAACAAAAUUAUUUCAGACUGUGAUAAUGAUCUCACGUUCGAUACCAUAUAUCGAAAAUGGUCAGAUUUAAUACAACCAUCCCAAAGUGACCAUCUCGUCUCGGGUAAUGGAGACGUAGUAAGAAUAGAAGCAAUACCAAAAUGGCAGCAACUCAUUCAGAUUGACAAAAACCAAUGGACUAUAAUUGACCCAUCAGACUUUAUUCCAAUCUACGAAUUGUUGGACAAACCAUUAAAAAUGCGUCUUGCAAGCUUGUAUCCCACCAUGCGGAAUCCGGUUUCUGGGAAUUAUAUCCCCGACAUUCGAAUUUUGUUCACUGGAAAAUCAAUAAUUGAUCCGUGGAGUAAAGACAUCUGCCGUGUUAAAUUCCCUACGCCCUUUAACAAUACUUCCUAUUAUGUUUAUGGAGCACUUUAUGAAAAGGACAAGAGACGAGACGAUGUGAAAAUAAGCUUGUAUUCGACCAAUACAUACGAAAUGGCGUUCGAAAUUGAUUGGACAGAAUAUCCUGCAUCAACCACAGACCUUUACAUUCAGUGGAUAAUAUUUGGCAAUCCUGUUGAAAUCGGCUACUUUAGUCCGAAACAUAGAGAUGUAAUUAUUGAACGAGGAAAAGUCAAAGAACUUGGAGUUGAGACUAUCAAGUUAUAUCGACACGAGUUGCAAGAACAUUCGCUUCUUUUAAUGACAGAUACUCAAACUGCCAACGACCGUGUCGAGAAAUGA